ACUACCGAGACCAAAAUAUUACAAGAGUACAUAACUCAGGAGUCACAUAAAUUGGAAAUCCAAGUUCGUCCACCGAUGGCUGUGACGAAUGCGGUUUCGUGGCGUUCAGAGGGCAUAAAAUAUCGGAAGAAUGAGGUUUUUUUGGAUGUCAUUGAAUCCGUUAAUUUGUUAGUUAACGCAAACGGGAAUGUGUUACGUAGCGAGAUUCUUGGAACAAUCAGGAUGAAAUGUUACCUGAGUGGUAUGCCAGAGUUAAGACUAGGCCUAAAUGACAAGGUCAUGUUUGAAAGUACCGGUCGAUCACCUUCGCGAGGAAAGGCUAUUGAAAUGGAAGAUGUCAAAUUCCACCAAUGUGUUCGCCUAUCACGAUUUGAGAAUGAUCGUACCAUCUCUUUCAUACCUCCGGACGGUGAAUUUGAAUUGAUGAGCUACCGACUAAAUACACAGGUCAAACCAUUGAUCUGGGUUGAGGCACUUGUGGAGAAUUAUACUGGAUUUAGGAUCGAAUAUAUGAUCAAAGCAAAGGCUCAGUUCAAGCGACGCUCAACGGCCAACAAUGUUGAGAUAUAUGUUCCAGUGCCUGACGAUGCUGACUCUCCGAAAUUCAGAAGUAGCAUUGGCACGGUUCAAUAUGCGCCUGAAAAGUCAUGCCUCGUCUGGAAAAUCAAACAGUUCCAAGGCGGAAAGGAAUUCUUGAUGCGCGCACAUUUUGGAUUGCCGUCAGUGAAGAACGUGGAUGAUUCCGAUAAGAAACCUCCUAUCGGGGUAAAAUUUGAAAUUCCGUAUUUCACUACCUCCGGAAUUCAAGUUCGUUACCUGAAAAUUGUGGAGAAAAGCGGGUACCAGGCGUUACCCUGGGUGAGAUACAUCACGCAAAAUGGAGAUUAUCAACUGCGUAUGCCUGAAAGUAUCAAGAGUAACAAGAUGACGCCUAUUUAA